AGUCAUUUGCAUGUCUCUCCUUUGCUCAGUCAUGUUUACAGUGUGGGAAGAGAGCGCAAUGAAAACUGCUCUCUGUGCUGAUCCAGUUAUAGGCUGAACUGUCUUGGUGCUGGUUCCACAACAAUGUGAAGCCUGAAAUUCACACUGUUGUCUCCGUCCUACCUUCCUUUCAUGGCGUUUGAAGGAGCUGCGGCCAAAAGGGCCAAACUCAUUGCAUCCAGGGUCCACUGGGGAAACACGGGCCUAUGUGUUUCCAUUAUAGACCAGGACACUCACGGAAAUCCAAGUCAGGACAGUAUUGGGAAGUGGCUCAGCACCAAUGUCACCCAGGAAGAUGCAAAGCAAGAGCCACUGCAGGAAGACGCAGGGCCUCUGCAGAGGAACCCCAGCAGUGACGAUGACUUGGCGCUGGGUGUAGAAGCGUCUUUAUAUGCCAAACAAGGAGUGAAGACGGUCCAGGAGUUUUUGCGGUGGAGUAGCUCAGGUCCAGCCCUUAGUAGGUGGAACAGCUUCAGCUCAGCAACUUCAGGUCACUCUGGACCACUCAGUGUGAUGGAUGUACUUAACCUAUGGAACGACGACCCAGAAGAGAUUCUCUUGGACCUGGGCUUUGGCUGUGAUGAACCUGACCUCUCUGGACGCAUUCCGGCACGAUUCAUUAAUUAUCAGUCUCAGGCAAGAGGAAUAAAUCUCCAAGUGUUUCUAGAGGCUCAGAAAAACCGUCUGGACCUGGAGAACCCAGACGUCAGCAAUCGGUUUAGACAACUUGAGGUUCUACAGCAGGUCACUACAGCAUUCUCCAGCUUUAUAGGAUCUUCCUCCUCUCCAAUGAAAGCAACACAAGGAAAAGACCUGCCCCCUGAGGCCCAGGAGAGGAGAAAGCGCAUGGGAAUGCUGUUCAGACGAGCAUCAAAAAAGUCACUUGGCCAAAUACACAGGAAUAAAACCCAUGGCCUGACUAUACCUGCUGCCAACUGUGUUCCUGCAUCUGAGUCACAACAACCCACACCCAGCCCUAGAGACAAAAACGUCUGCUUAAAAAGAGUUAAAGCAGGCUCUCUAGAGACUGCGUCUCUGAGUCCUUUGGCAGAGGAACAAGGAAAUGAUCCAGACCUUCAAUCCCAACAUCCCUUGGUUUAUUUACUAUCCCAGGAGGGAGCGUUCAAAUCUGCACCCCUGAGAGAAGGUCACCCCUUGGCAGCUAAAUCUUUUUUACAGAGGAAGAAGAGCCAAGGACAGAUCAGGGAAUCAUUUGAAAUGGAGGAGAUACAGAGCUUUGAUGAAAGCAGUGUCGCAGUGAGCUACGUGGGAGGAGCAGAAAACUUUGAAGUAACAUGGAAAGAGGACAAAGUGGAUGCUUCAUUCAGUCCCAAUUAUAAAAGGAUAAAAACUUCCUCAUACAUGAAACAUCUGGGAUUCUUUGUAGUGAGAGGUUUAAUGCGGACCAACAGCUGCCAGUCAGACAGCAGUGGCUUUCUAGAAGAACCCUUUAUACCACUGGUCCCUCAUUUGGCAUCAUCAGGAUCUGAAAUCAUCAAGGCUCGUUCAGGGUUUUCAGAAAGGAGUGCCGACAAUCAGGGCAGUGAGAAACCAGAGUCUUCUGCUUUUUCUCCUCAUACUGACAAAUCUCCCAUCCCUGCCUCAACAAUGACCUCUUGUGGUGUUAAUAAAUAUCUCCCUUCCUCACCCUGUCCUUCACCAGAUUCUACUAUAGAAUCGAGCUCGUCCAUAGCUUCUGCCUCACUGCCUCUCUCAAGUUGUGACCUGCAAAUUGCAAACACUGAAAGAGCACCAAAUCAGGAUCAGUCUCCACCCGCUUCAAUACAAAGUUCUUCUUUUGGUGCCAUAUCGUCUCAGCUUCCCACUUCUCCUCAUUUACCUCACUCUGCUAAUAGUGAAAUCUGUUCUCCACCCACGUUGGUCUCUCCCAAAUUAAUCAAGUUAAUCUCACAAACUCCCGAAAGCAACAAAAACAAAUCUUUUCUUCCAGAUUCUGAUGGAAUAAGUUUUUCAAAGUCAACUGCUGGUACACAAAAGGAAGAGGAUGAAAGUCUCCCUUUGCUCUCUUUUCAUUUGGACAAAGCUAAUCCAUCAGCACCACCUGUUUUGGACUUCUCAAAAUUAGAGGAAGGUUUUCCCACACCUUCCUCCCUUUCUUAUAAACUUUACAUCCCAGUUUGUCAGCCUGAUGUGUCAUCACAAUCACAUCAUCAAAAUGAUCUCAUAGACCCAGCUUCAGGAAAAAUUUCAGACCAGUCAGAGCAGGUUGUCUCUGAACAGCAUAGUACAGUCUUACCCCCAAAGAACAGACAGCAUUCUCACAAUGAUAACAAUGAUCUUGCUCUAUCCUGUCAGAUCCAAAAUGGUACAAAUGCCAAGAUGAAUGAUAUACUGUUGGAAAAAUUUCAGAGGAAUGAAAAACAACAGGAAGAAAGUGAGGGACAUGGUCCCCAAGUUUCUCAAGAAGCUGUCGUUUACAUCUCAGACACAGAAACUCCCGCUAAUCUAUCAGAAGGUUCUGCACCUUCACCUUCUGAAGUAGAAAGCCAGUCAGAAAUGGAUACACUGGUCAACUCCUCUAUUGUGCAUGAUGACAUGUCAGCAAAGACAAAACAAAACGAUAUUAGAAAACUCUAUCAAAAACACGUUGCUGGUAAAGAAAGUGAAUCACCCGGGAGUUACAUAUGUUUACACGAUCAAGUUGCACAGGCACACAGCAGAGAUGAAGUAAAACCCAAUAAUCUCAUUGCGAUUGAGAACUUAGAUCUGGUAUUUGAAACCUCAGUAGAUGACUCUGAUAAUGAGAAUAUAGAUUUAGAUGACUUUUUUCAGCAGCUUGAUACUGAAGGGCGAGUCUAUUGGGCAGAACCCAUCCAGUUGUCCAAUCCAACCCCUGAAGCGUCAGGAAGCUUUGAAGCCUCAGACGGAUCUCCUGGAAAUCUUCCUGUAGAUUCAUUUUCUUCCACAGGCAAUGCCAUCCCUUUACCGUUGUCAUACUCAGCAAACACAGACAGAGGCCAGACCUCAAGAGCUGCAAAUGGCUCCUUGGAUGUACCUUCCUCAUUGACAUCCACAUCCCAGUCUGCAAUCCUGAAUGUCAGACCAUCAAAUCGUUCUGUUUCAGUUCAAAUGCCGUCAUAUCUGUCUUCUCAUAUUGUCCACAGAAAGGAUGUUCCAUACACUCCUGAGUCAAAAAGCACUCGUCUCCCUAUCAUUCUACCUUUGGACACCUCCAGCCCCUUUCGUGCUGUCCAGUCAUGGACAGACCUGCAAAUUCAGCGCAAUACUCUGACCAAGAAUUUAUCAUAUGGGGCUCUUCAUGCUGUUCCAAACAAAACGAAUUUGUCCAUGAGUUGCCCAGGAAUGACACAAAAACCAGCACAUCAAGAGCUCUUCUCUUCAUCUCCUUCUUUCUUUCACCUGUCUAACAAUUGGAAAUCACAGGAGACUAUCCCUGAGAUGGCUAUAAAUUGUAAGACAGAGUCAGUAUCUGUAGAUACAGGAUUGUGGCCGGAUGAGCAGGAAGAAGACAUGAACAGAAAUGGAAAUGAAACUCAGAAGAAACUUUGGGAGGGCAAUCAGCAAGACACCAUGGCAUGCUGCUGCUCCUGUGACCAUACCUGCUGUAUUCACAAGAGUAACAACAAGGAACACACUUUCGGAAACAGUCCUUACUCUCUGGAUGAGCUGGAGGAGAUGUUGCUGUGUCUGCAGCAGUUUUGGUCUGUGCUAAGUAACAUGGAGGAGCAACUCUCUGAAGACCAGGCUGCUGUGUACAGUUGUCUCUCUGACCAGGACAGAGAGAAGAUUCGGGACAUCGAAGAGCUGAGACGUGCAGUAAAACAAGAGGCUGGGGAGCUGGAGAGGCAGUUAAAAGAACUGGCCUAUGAGUAUGAUGAAAGCUUGAAAAUGAAGAUGCACAGAUUGUUGGAUGAACAAUCUCUCCUCUGCUCUCAACUUAAAGUCUUUCUACCUGGAACAGUCCCCACAUCAUCAUCUAACCCCAUGCCCAACAGGACAGUAGCCACUCAGUGCUCUUUGCUACCCUUGCUCACCGCAGCUGACAUACAGAGUAGCCACAUUUCUGAUUGGAAAGGCUGGAAGACUCUGAAACCUGGACUGGAUUCCAACAGACAGUCAGUUCCUGGGUCUGAGAGCAUCUGUGAUGGUCAGGGCGGUUCUCCCACCAAAGCAGACAAGCUAGAUAUAGUAGGCUUCUUGCAGAGACUGAAGGAGACUUUGCAUCAUUCUGUGAACACAGACUCAUCAGAAUAAGAGGUGUCAGGAACAUUGUGUGAUGUGCACCUAUGUUUUGUCAAUAUUCCAUUCUUUCAAAGCCUUAUUGUAUGAGAUGUGCAGUUUUAGUGUUUACUUAGUAUUUCUGUAAUUUUUUGAGUCUCUUUUACUGUUUGUGUCAGUAUAAUGGGUCUGCUAACAAGACAACCAAAAGAAAAGAACGUGAAAAGGCAUAGCAUAUCAGGUUUUACAAGAAUAAUGUUUCUUUUUUAAGAUAAAGCAUAGCAAUAUAAUUGUGACUUAAUUCAUUAAAUAUAGUAAUGUUUGGUAAGUUUUACACCUUAAUUACAUUAAAACAAUAUACCUUGGAAAAGUGAAACACAUUUGUGUGAUUUGUGCAUUCAUAAUCUCUGUGAGUCUUUAUUUUGUGUGACUUCAGACUGGAGCAGGAUGUACCAAUUACUGGAGUACAAUCCUGAAUAAAGACUUCUGAAGGUUUUGAUUUUACUAAAGGAUCGAGAGCAGGGCUGUGCAGAGAUGUUUGAAAGUUAAAAUGGGGCACAUAGACCCAGGCUGAAUAACAACAACCCACAUUCAUCAAGAAUCAAAUAUGGAAUCACAUCAUACUAUAUCAUUGUCACCAGGUGGGGACAAUGCAAAGCAAAUGUAGCCUAUGUUUUACCUGAUGG